CCUGUUUCUGCCAGUACUUCCAGGAGUUUGUCAAGAAUGGGAUAAAGUUGGUGCGGUGAGCGGUUUCUAUGGAGACAGGGGCUCCUCAGGGGUUGCAGGUCACCUCCUGGCUGCAGGCGGCAGAGAGACACGUCCUGGAGCAGCUGAGCGAGGAGGAGGCGGGGAAGGAGCUGCUGCCAUGUCUGCGGAGCCUGAGCGCCCAGCUGCCUGUCAGCUACAGUUUCACCCCGAUCGCCCAGCUCCUCGCCCUCCAGCGAUCGCCCUGUGUCUCCCUCUUGGGCUGGGACACUGAGCAGUUCCAGCAGUGGAGCCGGGAGGGUUUGGGGCCUAAGUCCAGCAGGGCGCCCCCCACCACACUGCCACGAGCGCGCCUCCUCCUGGUGGGGUACAUUACAGACCGGCCUACUGAUGGCAACAGAGAGCAUGAUGGGAACCUGUAUGUGCGAGACGCCAGCGGCUGUGUACCGUGUGAGUUCUCGCAGUUUGAUUGCUCAUGUCUGGGCUCGCUGCUCUUCUUCCCCUGCUGGACAUAUAUCCCCACACAUGAGAGAGGAGGCUACGUGGAGGUCCUGUCCCCCGCGAACCCGGUCACCCAGCCUGAGGUCACAGCAGAAGUCCCUGCAGGUUCCUCAUCUAUGAUGCCUGAGUCAGCACUUCUGCUUCUAGGCAGGAGCGAUCGGCCCCAUGGAUCCCGAAUAUCGGUGACCGGUCAUCUUUCAUCUGUCACAUCACUGGUCACCAUCCGCAAGAAGACCUUCUUCUUCUUCUUCCUUCAAGAUACAAAGCAGUCUGUACCUGUGAUUGUACAGGUUCCUUCCAAGCUGUCCUGGUACCAUGAGUUAAACGUUGGUGACACGUAUGAAGUGACCUCGCUGGCGUUGUCGUCUCUCCGCGGGUCUCCUCACCAGGUGUUGGCGGUGACCCCCUCUUCUCUUCUCCUAUCUCGCCCGCAGCUAUCUCCUUCCUGUCCCUCCACACCUGUGAUGGAGAAUUCUGAGGAACUAAUGCACCCAAGUGAAACGAAAGUGUCUCGUGGAGACCCUCAGGAGAGAGCGACGAGAAGACGACAUAAAGAAUCCAAGACUCUAAGCUACAAGGGGGUGGUCACCCGGGUGCUGAAUGCCCCUGCAGGCUUGUAUGAACUGGACGGGGCGCUGCUUCUCUGCACGGCAUACACCCAGCUGCGGGGCGGAGGGAGAGGACUGAGAGUCGGCGCCAGGGUGGAGGUCUGUGACGUCCACCUGCAGCAGUCUCCCAGCCCUCUCUUCCCCACGCUCGUCCUCUCGUGCUGUCUCAGGAGCCGGCUCAGGAUAUGUGACUUCUCUCGCCUCGACGUGCCGUGCGUCCCGUUCUCUGGAUCCAGUAACCUGUAUCUCCACCUCCUGUUCCGCUACCGCCUGCGACUGCCGGAGUACCUGUGGGUGUGUGACGUCAUGGACAAGCUGCAGGAGAAGUUGUGUCCACGUCUGGUCAGACAGACAUGCAUCACCCGAUUCCUCAGUAAUGGAGCCCAAGGUCCUGCAGAGAAGCUUCUGUUUCCCACGUUGUCUUCUUGGCCCAGCGGGAGGACCGAGAGGGAUUUGCUGGAAGAGAUGGUUGCCGAUCCACAUGACUGUCCACUGCAGGAGUACUGUCCGCUGCCUCCUCCUUGGUGCCUCCCUCCUCUCUCCCUGUUUCCCUCUAUGAUAUGUUCCUCAGAGAACCUUCGAGGACAGGAGGCGAAUCAACAUCUUCACUGGUCCCAUUACUCACUGCGAUCCGGAGAUCUGUCCGUGCCUCAUGUCCUCCUCGGUGUUCUUCAGGCCUCCUCCUCAGGAUCUCUGCUCUUAAAGGACCAGUCAUCUUCUCUCACAUGCCUGGUUCUGCCGGCUCCUGUGAUCAACUGGAUAGGCUGUGUCGUCGAGGUUCGUCGCUAUCAGCUGGUGACUGAGAUCCUACGGGUGAAAGGCGAUCAGGAGGAUGAGCGCAGCAGGGUGUACGCUGUGUUCCUCGCUGAAGACGUGCGAAUCCUGCACUCCUCACAUUCCUCAUCAUCUUCUUGCCCGGAUGCAGGAUCGGGGCCUCAUCCACCAGUUAAAAUACCACGGCGGGAGGCUUCCUGGGCACAGCGCCACCUUGUGAUAAAGAGUUUGGAGGGGAGGCGUAUGAAACCCGGCCAGGACAAGGGGCUUCAGUUCCGGGCUACAGCUUCAUGGGUGGACAUCAGAGAGGAAGGAGCAGAGGCCAGGAGAUCGGAUAAUGGAGAGAAGAGUCUUACAAAGCUCGUCCUCCUGUUCUCCUCAGUGCGGUGGUUUCACUUCCUCCAACCCAACAAGUUGUAUCGUCUGACGGCUACAGGAGAAACGGACUCCGGGAUAUUUGACCGUUUAUCAGAUCCUCCCCUGGAAAUGGUCAGUGCUCUCCGGUGUCUCCAGGUUCCUGCUGACUGGACACUAGAAGAUGUAGAGGCCACGUGGUUCUCACCAGCCCCGGCCGACCUCUUGUCUAUAGAAGAAGCGCUGAAGCAGAGCUCCAGCGGCUCUCUGCUGACUGUGACGGGCGUGGUGUGCAGCCGCCUCAUAUGUGACACACAGAACACAAGGGCAGCGCCAUGCAGCGCACAUAAGGUUCCUGAUGUAUUCUUGCCUCCCGGAGCCUCCAUCAAAGUGACCCUAACCCAGCCCCAGAGCCAGUCCUCUGCAUCUGUUUAUCUGGAUGUCUCAAAUGGCCCCUACCAUCUGGGGCUUCUCCCAGGGGCCACCGUAAUGCUGCAAGGCUUGGAGAGGAAAGUAUCCAGGUCCGGCAGAGUCUACCUCCGCAGCGUGCCCACCACCCACCUGAGCGUCUUGAGCCCACCCACCGAGAGUUUUGAGAACGUGGCUGCACCCCCUCUGGUACUGUUCAAGCAGCUGACAGGGACCCCGAAUCCUCAGCGGGCGGUGUGCUCCGUGACCUGUGUCCUCAGCGUGACGCUGUACUGGGACUGCUCGGGGUGUGGCAGCGCGUUCGUGCAGGGAGCCUGUCUCCGCUCGGCCUUCUGCAACUCUCCGUCUGGGGUCUUCAGAGCAAAAGCCUGGGUGAAAGCAGAGGAUGGAUCUGGAGCGGUGCGGCUAUACCUGCAGGAUGAGGCGGUCUUACUGGUGCUGGGAAUCUCCCGCAAGCUCUGGGAGGCUCUGCAGGGGCGGGUCUUGUCAAGGGGGAAAGUGGUAGUGAGGAGCCGAGGGCGGAGUGAGAUGCCGGGUGACGAGCACAGCAGAGACCCCCUGGUAGACCACAUGACCUUCCUCAUGACCCGUCCAGCCAUCUGCCGACCCUUAGUCCUCACCUUCAGAGAACGUGCGGAAGCUGCAGGAGCCGUGACUUCAGCCUUGUCAGAGCUGACGCGCUUCACGCGGGCGGAGAGAGAAUACGUCACCCGGGUCCCUGCGGCCCCUGUGGUCACCUGUGUGCAGCUCCAGGAGGCGGAGCCUCGUGCCUUGUGUCACAUGAUUAGAGACUGCAGCCAAUCCGUAAAUUAAUCUGCAAUCCUCCGCCCUGGAUAUUUUAUACCUUUUUGUAAUUAAAUUAUUUUUA